CUUUAAAAACUAGAUAACGCGACACAUACAAAGAGAGAGAAAAUUAACAUAAAAAUGGCAGCAGCAGCAGCUUCAGGAAUGUUGAUAAGCAACUCAACCAUCAACAAUGUCUGCUUCCGAAAACCCCAAUUUUCAACCUCAUUCAAACCAAAAUCAACAAUUUCAGAAUUAGGGUUUCUCACUUCCAAACUCAGUGGCAUUAAAAUUUCUCUCUCUCCUCUCUCCUCUAUCAUAAUCAACAAACCCAUUUCUCUUCCUCUCAAACCAUCACUUCAGCCUGUUGCUCGCAGAAUAUGUCCAUUUACUGGGAAGAAACCGAACAGGGCAAACAAGGUUUCCCACUCAAAUCACAAAACAAAGAGACGGCAAUUUGUGAACCUGCAAUACAAGAGAGUCUGGUGGGAAGCUGGUAAAAGGUUCUUGAAACUUAGGUUAUCAACUAAGGCUUUGAAGACUAUAGAGAAGAAUGGAUUGGAUGCUGUUGCCAAGAAGGCAGGGAUUGACCUUAGCAAGGAAUAAUUCAACAGAUAUGAUUGUAAAGCUUUGAGAACACCCAAUUUUUCUUGUUUUGUAAUCCUACUACUCUUAUACUGAAAAGUGAAAACUUCAGUGACCCUAGGUUUUUGAUAUUAUCUGUAGCAUGUUGAGUAAUGUCAAUGAAAUGCAUUUUCGGAAAA